UUUCCUCUCUCUCCUUUCCUUUCCCUCCUCUCUCUCUCAGGCAUGAUUUUUGUAAUUUUGAUAGGAAAAAUGAGCAAUGAAAGAUAAUUGAUAGUGGAUGAGUUUGUUACAGGUGGUUGCAUAUGGCGGAACCUUCUAAAGUCAUUCAUGUUCGCAAUGUAGGCCACGAAAUUUCUGAAAAUGAUUUGCUUCAACUUUUCCAGCCAUUUGGAGUGAUAACAAAGCUUGUAAUGCUCCGCGCAAAGAAUCAGGCUCUUCUUCAAAUGCAAGAUAUUCCUUCAGCCAUCAAUGCAUUGCAAUUCUACACUAAUGUUCAACCAACUAUUAGGGGGAGGAAUGUCUAUGUCCAAUUCUCAUCCCAUCAGGAACUAACAACAAUGGAUCAGAAUGCUCAAGGACGAGGUGACGAGGCUGUUAUCGGGCACACUCUGGAUGCACAGCCGAAUCGAAUCCUCCUGGUUACAAUCCAUCAUAUGCUAUAUCCUAUUACUGUGGAAGUGCUACACCAGGUUUUCUCACCUCAUGGAUUUGUGGAGAAGAUCGUCACAUUUCAGAAGUCGGCUGGUUUUCAAGCCCUGAUCCAGUAUCAACUGCGCCAAAGUGCUGUCUCAGCUAGAACUUCCCUUCAGGGCCGUAACAUUUAUGAUGGCUGCUGUCAACUGGAUAUACAGUUUUCAAACCUUGAUGAAUUACAAGUUCAUUACAAUAAUGAUCGAUCAAGGGAUUUCACAAACCCAAAUCUUCCAACAGAACAGAAGGGCAGAUCCUCACAGCCUACUGGGUAUGGUGAUGUAGGAGGUAUGUAUGCCCUUGAAGCUCAUGAAGCUAGGGCAGUUGGAUUUCCACAGAUGGCUAAUGCAGCUGCAAUUGCAGCCGCUUUUGGAGGAGGUUUGCCUCCAGGAAUAAGUGGGACAAAUGAUAGGUGUACAGUGCUUGUUUCCAAUCUAAAUCCUGAUAGAAUAGAUGAGGACAAGCUAUUCAACCUGUUCUCACUUUAUGGAAACAUUGUGAGAAUUAAACUUCUACGCAAUAAACCAGAUCAUGCUCUAGUUCAGAUGGGUGAUGGCUUUCAGGCUGAACUGGCAGUACACUUUCUCAAGGGGGCCAUGCUAUUUGGGAAGCGACUGGAGGUCAACUUUUCUAAACACCCUAACAUAACACAGGGAGCUGACACACAUGAAUAUGUGAACUCAAAUCUCAACCGCUUUAAUCGGAAUGCUGCAAAGAACUACCGUUACUGCUGUUCUCCAACGAAGAUGAUUCAUCUUUCCACUUUACCUCAGGAUGUAUCUGAAGAGGAAAUUGUGAAUCAUUUGGCGGAACAUGGCACCAUUGUUAAUACCAAGCUCUUUGAAAUGAAUGGAAAGAAGCAAGCCCUUGUUAUGUUUGAAACUGAGGAGCAAGCCACUGAAGCUCUUGUGUCCAAGCAUGCAAGCUCGCUGGGUGGGUCAAUAAUCCGAAUUUCAUUCUCUCAGUUGCAGACAAUAAGAGAGAACUCACAGUAAUAGUUUAAUGGUAAGGAAUUGCAAUGGUACUGGCAUUAAGGAUUCAUUAUUGCCCAGGAUAUUUGUAAGGGGUUGUAGGUCGUCAUUUAUCUCUCUUAUCGUGUAACGCUCUUCUAAUUGCUUUUAAUGGUGUUGGAUACUUUUUCGUUUAA